AUGACAUCUUUAGGAAUGUUCAAUUCAAAUUCAUCAAACUCAAACUUUCAACCACCUCAAAAUUAUUACAAUCAAAAAUCUACACCUUUAUCGUCGCCGAAGUCUUUGAAUUUUGCACAGUUUACUCCACCACCAUCGAAUCAUUUAUCGAACCAUAAUUCUGCUAAUGGAGGUACUAGUACUAGUGUCAUGGGAUCACCGAAAAAGUUAUUAACACCAAUUAAAAAUUUAUUUUCGUCAAAUAAGUCAGUAACAACACCUUCAUCAAAUGACAACCUACAAAACAUUUUGCAAACUAGCAGUAAAGAUUCACCAAAAGACUCGAAGAGCUCGAUUUUUAAAAGACAUAUUAGAAGUAAAAGUAAUAAUAAUAUUCAUGCACACAAUGACUUUAAACAUCUACCAGAAGAUCCACCUAUAGCCUCAAAUACAUUCAGGGUUGUACAGCCAUCCGUAUCGUCUCCAUCGUUACAUGAAUUAAAUUUAAUGAAUCAUGGAAAGGGAUCUUCUUCAAAUAAAUAUCGAUCACAACAGAAUUUACACCAUUUACAAUCACAACAAUCACAUUCAAGUCUACGAUCAGAAAUAAAUCACAAUAUGAACGAUGGUACUCAGGAUCAUUCAUAUGCAACUAAAAUACCAACAAGUGAAUCUUCCAAUGGAUUAGGAAUACCAAUCACGUUGUCUAAUGAUAAUUUUAGUAUCCCCUCCUUACCUGAAAGUAGAAACAAACGAAGUACGAAAGAUGUUUGUUUUGACCCUGCACUAACGUCUUCGAUAGAAGACAAAGAUGAGUUAAAAACGGAUCAUACAAGUUAUUCGAAUGAAUCUGUAGAAGGAGAUGACUUUGAAUACGAGGAUGAUGACAAUACCUCACAAUUUUCCUUUGUUCAAGACAUGAAAAAUGGAAGAAAUACUUCAGUCAAAUAUUACAAAACCAAAACUGACUCAAACAAAAAGCAAAAUAUGACAGUAAAUAAAAAUAUGGCUCCAAAUUCAUUUGAUGAGAACGACUUAGGAUAUGAAGAUGAGGAACUAUCUGAUUAUGACUUUGAAAAUAAUGGUGGUGUUGAAGAUAUGGAGGAGUAUGACUACGAAGAAGAAUUUCAAGGUGAAAACACUGCUUAUGCUGACAUGUUCAAUGAUAAUAAAGAUCAAGGUAGCGAAGACUUUGCCGAUGAAACGACCCCUAAGCAGUCUACGUUUCGAGAUUUAGAAACUAAUCAAAUGCAAGCAGAAACUGCUCAAGAUGAUUUUGAAUUGAGUAGAAUUGAAGAAGAGGACGAAUAUUCAAGAAGUUAUUUUUUGAAUGAAUCGCUGAUGAAAAUAGCCGAACCCAAACUUUCUCCAAAUUCCAAAUUCAAUGAGUUCACAAAGGGCCUUUCUUUUCCAAAACAGAGUAAAUUUAAUUCGUCGUUGCAUCUAUCAAUUCAAGGGAAUUCAUUAACUUCGUCAUCAAACUCAUUUUAUUCAAAUUUAGACGCUGAAGAUCGAAAUGAAAUUGACAUUCUUGAAAAUUAUUUGGAAUCAAUUUCGAACGAACAGCCUAAUCAGGAAAAACAAUUCAAUUACGAUUCAUUUAUUUCGCCACCGUUGCCACAAGAUGAAGUGUUUGACUUCCUUCCAACUUCAAGUUUGAAUAGUCCUAUUAUUAAUGGCCUCACAAUUGGUAGUAAUCUAAGACACAGAUCUCGAGAUUCGAACAAGUCAGAUAAUCAUAAUAACAGAUUGAUUAUUAAUAGAGAUCCAAUCAACAUAAAGAAAGAAGAAGGAAAUAGCGGUCUUAAAAUAUCAGACAAUGAAUCUAUUGCAUCAUUUCAUGAAUCCUUUGAUGACAAGUUGAACUUCAAGAUUGGUGAAAAGGUCGAAGCCUUUACAGCUUGGCAAAAUCAAGUAUCAACUCAAAAUAAUAAUCACGACAGUUUCAAUGAAAACAAAUCUUACAAUAAGCAAAAUCAAACUAAUACCAACAAUCAAGAUCGAGCCGGCUCGAUCGAAAAAGAUGAUAGAUUUAAUAGAGAGUCGAUUCUAGGUAUGAUGAAUUUUUUGGGUUCUGUAGAAAAUCAUUCAUUGACUACUGAAAAUGAUAAACACCAGGGAACAAAAUUUCAAGAUCAUCAAAACUUAACUAGAUUUGAUCUGAUUCUAUCUAGAAAUUCAUCUCAACGAAGUUACAUGCAAAAAAGAUAUAACAAUGUAUUGAUUUAUAAUUCAUUAUUUACUAAGUCAGAAAUAAAUUUAUCUGGUGAGCAAGAAAAAAUUGAAAAACAGAAAUCAUUUAAAAGAUAUUCUUGGUUUAAUAAUUCUGAAGAGUUAUCUUUACAUUUGAGGCCCACUACGAAUAAUAUCGAAAAGGAUUUUGAUAAUAAAAUGAAUUUACAAGAACCAAUUCGAUUUAAUGAGUCUCAGAAAGAAAGUUCGUAUAUGAACAAGGUUGAUCAACAAUCAAAUGAAUUUAAUGAUUACUACGAGGAUAACGAGUUUGAGGAUCAGGAUAUAUUAGAUGAAAUUAAUCAAAGUGCAAAUUAUGAAUUUUAA